CCGGUUUACCAGCUGGGCGGCUCGUCACAAAUACAGCUGUUCAACUUUCGCUGCCGGCAUUGCCAGUUCUUGUUCUUAACGACAAGUGCAGCGCUAACGAAGCUCUCGGCCGGCGGCUCUCGACUUGGAUCCGAGCUCGGCUCUUGGCUUUGGGAUUUUGUUGUUGUUGUCGUUGUUGUUAUUUGUUUUUGGCGGGUUUGCGGUCUGAUAUAAAAACGCCAUCCGGUGCGCGUGCUCAGUUCAGUUGCAGAACGUUAACGAAAACGCGCGCGUGCGCCGCAAGCUCUCGAGUUCGUGUCUUUGAUUAUUUUGUGUCUGGCGCACUUUGAUUACAAGCCAAGUGAAUUUCUUUUGUAACCAGCCGGCCAGCUUUUGAGCUUACAAUUCACACACAAGUGACACAGAUUCAGCAAGGUCAGCGAGCAUGGAAGGUCAGGCCAAGCAAGCAUACUUCGUCAAUGAAGCAUAUAAUCACGAAGAGAAGCCGCAUGGAGCGGUCGACGGUGGCGGAGGAGGAGUAGGAGGAGGAGUUGUCGACAAUUUGCCGCGUCGUCGCAGCGGCGGCAAUAAUAAGGAGCUCCAAUUGGAUAUGUCUGGCAAAAAGGGCAAAGAGCUGCCAGCCACGCCCAUUGCGCCCACCAUCGAUUUUGAUGACCUUCUGCCAUUAAUUGGCGAAUUUGGUCGCUAUCAAAAGAUAUUGUUCCUCUGCAUGAUCCCAUUCUCGUUCUUUGUGGCCUUCGUGUAUUUCUCACAAAUCUUUCUCACGCUCAUACCGGAGCAGCACUGGUGCCAUGUGCCCGAACUGGAUACACUCGAUGUGGAGGCCAGAUUGGCGCUCUCCAUACCCAUGGUGAACGGGGAGUACAACAAUUGCUACAUGUACGAUGUCAACUAUACGGAAGUUCUGGCCCAGGGCAAAAUAAUGGCGGAUCCGAAAUGGCCGCGUGUCAAGUGCCGCAACGGCUGGUCAUAUAAUUUCACGGAAAUACCCUACGCCACGGUGGCAACGGAACAGAAUUGGGUGUGCGAUGAUGCCGCAUUGCCCACCUAUGCCCAGUCGAUUUUCUUUCUGGGCGCAAUUGUGGGUGGCCUGCUGUUUGGCUGGAUUGCGGAUCGGUUUGGCCGCAUUCCGGCGCUGAUCUGUUGCAAUCUGAUGGGCUUGGUGGCGGGCGUGGCCACGGCCUUUGUGACCAACUUCUGGCAAUUUGCCACGAUGCGUUUCUUUGUCGGCUUCGCCUUCGACAAUUGCUUCACCAUGAUGUACAUACUGGUGCUGGAGUAUGUGGGUCCCAAGUAUCGCACGUUCGUGGCCAACAUGUCCAUAGCUCUGUUCUUUACGGGCGCCGCCUGUUUGCUGCCCUGGAUUGCGUACUUUGUUGCCGAUUGGAAACUGUUGACAAUUAUUACCUCGGCACCGUUGCUGCUGGUGGUGCUGACGCCCUUGAUUGUGCCGGAGUCGGCGCGCUGGCUGGUCUCACAGGGUCAGGUGGACAAGGCCAUUGCCAUACUGCGCAAGCUGGAACGGCGCAAUGGUCGCCACGUUCCGGAGCAAACGUAUCAGAACUUUGGCGACAGCUGUCGCCGCAUGCGGGAUCAGGAACAGGCCCAGAAUGCCAGCUAUUCGGUGCUGGAUCUGUUCAAGUCGCCGCGUCUGCGUCGCACUACGCUGCUGCUCAUCGUCAUCUGGAUGGCCAUAUCGCUUGUGUUCGAUGGCCAUGUGCGUAAUGUGGGCUCUCUGGGUCUGGACAUCUUUUUCACCUUCACCGUGGCCAGUUUCACGGAGCUGCCGGCGGAUACGUUGCUCACCGUCACUCUGGAUCGCUUUGGACGCCGUUGGCUGGCCUGCGGCUCGAUGGUCGCCAGCGGCAUCUUCAGCCUGUUGGCCACCGUGGUGCCCGUGGGCGUGUACUCGGCCACAUUGGCCAUUAUGGGCCGAUUCUUUGUGAACAUCAGCUACAACAUUGGACUGCAGUAUGCGGCCGAGAUAUUGCCGACGGUGGUGCGCGCCCAGGGUGUUGCCUUUAUACACAUCAUGGGCUAUGUGGCCAGCAUUAUUGCGCCCUUUGUGGUUUACUUGGCCAAUAUAUCGCCAGCGUUGCCGCUCAUCAUUUUGGGCCUGCUGGGCAUUGUGGGUGGCCUGUUGGCGCUUCUACUGCCGGAGACACUGCAUCACGAUCUGCCACAGACGCUGACCGACGGUGAGGAAUUCGGACGCGGCCAGAGCAUUUGGGAUUUCCCCUGUCUAGCCAAGCAGCUAGACGAUGAGGACGACAAAUGCAAUACGGAUGUCGAGGAGGUGCGUUCCCAUGCCUUUGUGCGUGGCACUCAGACUGGCGCCUCGCUCAAGGCGUCCACGGGUGGAGAGCUGCGUUCGAGCAUAUUGCGGCGUUCGAUACAAUCGCGCAGCUCCACCAAGUUGUAAUAAUAACCAGAAGUAUUGAUAUACCAAGCGACUCAUACACAAUUGUAGCCUUGCAUUUCUGUCAUAGUUCGAUUAGCCUAAGUGUUUUUUUGUGAUAUUAAUUCUAAGUAAUUGCGUUGCCAUUUGGCCUAAUAAAAAACUCUAACGAUUAUAUAUUUUAAA